GGGUAUCUCUUGCUGGAGGUCCCUGCCUACCAGAGGCCUUUAAAAGGGUUAUCUGGUCCUCCUGGUGCUGGGAAAUCAACUUUCAUUGAAUGCUUUGGGAAAAUGCUUACAGAAAGGGGACACAAAGUGUCAGUGCUGGCUGUAGACCCCUCCUCUAGUACAAGUGGUGGUUCUUUAUUGGGUGAUAAAACGCGGAUGACUGAGUUGUCAAGAGACAUGAAUGCAUACAUCAGACCAUCUCCAACCAGGGGGACGUUAGGAGGUGUAACAAGGACCACAAAUGAAGCCAUUCUGCUGUGCGAAGGAGGAGGCUACAAUGUUGUUCUUGUGGAAACAGUAGGUGUGGGACAGUCAGAAUUUGCUGUGGCUGAUAUGGUUGAUAUGUUUAUAUUAGUGCUGCCACCAGCGGGUGGUGAUGAAUUACAGGGUAUCAAACGGGGUAUAAUUGAGAUGGCAGAUCUAGUUGCUAUAAAUAAAGCUGAUGGGGAUUUAAUUGUGCCUGCACGGAGAAUACAAGCUGAAUAUGUUAGUGCUAUGAAGCUGCUUCGCAAGCGUUCAAAGGUUUGGAGACCAAAGGUAAUGCGUAUCUCCGCCAAAACUGGAGAAGGUAUCUCAGAUAUGUGGGAUAAAAUGACAGAAUUUCGCGACCUCAUGCUCACAAGUGGUGAGCUGAUUGCCAAACGACGGAAACAGCAGAAAGUGUGGAUGUGGAAUCUCAUCCAAGAAAAUAUGUUGGAACAUUUCCGGAGUCACUUGGCAGUCAAAGAUAAGAUUCCACUUCUAGAAGAAAAAGUUCUUAGUGGUGUGUUGUCUCCUGGGCUGGCAGCCGAUCUGCUGCUGAAAGCAUUCAAGGAUGGUCUCUGAUCAUUAUAUUCUACUGUGUUCUUGCUAAUUUCUUCAUGUAAACGUAAAUAUUAAAUACAGUUUCUCUA